UAUAAUAAGAUAUUAUAUAAUAGGAUAAGAAAUAAAACUACAAUUUAGGGCAAUUUUCUCCUCUUCCACAUGACACGUACAAUAGGAACUAGAGGACGGAAUGGAAAAUAAAUUGUUUAACAUUUGUCAUUUGAAUAUAAUGUAUUUAAAAUAAUCAUAAAUAGAUCCAUUGUAUACUUUGAAUAUAGCUUUUUUAAGUAUAGGCUGUGGGACUUUUGGCAAUAAUCGCGUAUUUAAAAAUUUCAAGUACUUAUAUUAAAACAGAUAAUCGAGCAUAAACGCACUGUACAAAAUUAACCAAUAUAUCUCAGUUAUAUAUUGGUCAAUUAACCUACAUACCCCGUGUAUUAAUAUCAUGAUCAAUAUAAUAUAUGAAUACGAAAUUUUUUAAUAUGAAAGUAAUAAAAACGUAGAAAUCCUAUUUCGGGAAAUAAACGGAAUCAUUUAUCUGUUAAAAUUGCCUAGUAUAAUACUGAGUUUUUAUUUUUAGCAGUAUCAUUUUACGGAUUUUAACCUGAAUGUGAGUGGAUCAAUUUCUUGUAUAAGAAAUGUAUUUUCAAGUAUUGUAUACAUAUAAGCAUAUCUAUAAGUGGUAUGUUAAAUAAUCUGUUAUAAAGGUAACAAAGGCUCGAGGUUGGGGCUGGGUUAGUCACGAGUCAGCUGAUCCAGUAACAGUCACUGGUUGACCACUGUAAAAGCGGUACAGAAUUCUUCUUCAGCGUUUUGCAGUGUUUUUAAAUUUAAAACGCGAAUUAAAAAUGCGGUUAGUGAUCUGUGAUACAGUGGACUACGUGGCAGAAUGGUCUGCGAAAUAUGUUUUAAAAAGAAUCACUGAUUUUCAACCGAAUGAAAAUAAGUACUUUGUCCUUGGACUUCCAACAGGUGGUACACCGUUGGGAAUGUACAGAAAGCUUAUAGAAUAUUAUAAAGCUGGAAAAGUUUCCUUCAAGUAUGUAAAAACUUUCAAUAUGGAUGAGUAUGUUGACUUACCCAGGGAUCAUCCAGAAUCUUACCAUUAUUAUAUGUAUAAUAAUUUCUUUAAACAUAUAGAUAUAGAUCCUCAAAAUGUACAUAUUCUUGAUGGUAAUGCACCAGACCUAGUAAAGGAAUGUGAUAAUUUUGAAAAAAAGAUUAAAGAAGCUGGUGGCAUUGAAUUGUUUAUUGGUGGUAUCGGACCGGAUGGUCACAUAGCUUUCAAUGAACCAGGCUCGUCUUUAGCUUCACGUACAAGAGUCAAAACAUUGGCUCAGGAUACGUUAGAAGCUAAUGCAAGAUUUUUUGGAAAUGACAUUUCCAAAGUACCAAAGCAAGCACUUACCGUUGGUGUUGGUACAGUAAUGGAUGCUAAGGAGGUAAUGAUCCUUAUUACAGGAUCCCAUAAAGCAUUUGCCCUUUACAAGGCAAUAGAGGAAGGGAUUAAUCAUAUGUGGACGGUGUCAGCUUUCCAACAACAUCCUCACACGAUAAUUAUCUGUGAUGAAGACGCGACGCUAGAACUGCGCGUGAAGACAGUAAAGUAUUUUAAGGCCCUCAGUGCUGUACAUCAUAAGUUAAUUGAGGAGGAUGGAGAUGCAAUCCCCCGUCGUUCAAUGCAAAACAGUUAAAAUGAAUUUAUGUGAUUGCCAUAGCAAACUCGGACAGAUGUCGAUUGCAUAAAGGAUGAAAAAUAUUAUUGUUAUGCGUAUAUGAAGAAAUAUAUAUAUAUAUAUAAAAACUUGAAUUAAAAAUCUUAAAAGUAUGGAUCUGAAGGUUUGAUGUUGAUGUUGGAUGCUGAAGAGUGUAUAUUACUUAAAAAAGUACUCGAUAUGCGAGCCUCAUGAGAUAUACAUACAUACUUGUUUUUAAUAAAAUGUAUUAAUGUAAUGUUAUUUACUACUUCUAUUUUCAGCUUAAAAAUGAAUAAACGACGUAUUUUUGUACCAUUAUACUUUUUAUAAAUAAACUUGAUAAAAUAUUUUCCUA